UUCGAUUUAUUCGUUUGUUUUGUUCUGAUAUUAUAGUCUAGUUGAAAUUUUGUUUUAUACAUUUAGUCUAGGAGAAAUCCUAUUGUAGAAUUAGACUAAAUUUUUAAUUUGCCAUUAAAUAUACUUUUUCAAUUUUCACCUUUAUGACAUAAAUGACGGAGGCACAAUCACAAUCCGAUGACAACAUCCAAAGUUAUCAAGUGAGACCCGAUUUGAAAGACAAAUUUAAAACAAAUAAGGUGAAAGAAAUUAUUCAAAACAAAUUAUCAUUGAUAUUACAAGAUAAACAGUAUGAUCCCGAAGCAGCUAAAUUAUGGGCAAAAGAAAUUGCUGAUACUGUAAAUCAAGCUAUUAUAGAUUUAAACAUGAAAAAAUACAAGCAUGUAGUUCAAGUUAUGCUGGGACAACAUUUAGGUUCUGGUUGUAAUUAUAUGGCAAGAUGUAGAUGGGAUUGUGAUUGCGAUAGUCAGACUUCUGAUGUGUUUUCUAAUGCUUCAUUGUUUUGUGUUUGCACAGUUUUUGGAAUUUACUUAUAUUAACAAAAAUCACUGAAAAUUUGAAAAUCGCGUAAAAAUUACACGAUGACAUAUUUUAUAAAUAACAUUUAUAUAAAAAGUAGAAUUGUAAAGAAAAUAUGUAAUUUUCACAAAAAUGUUUCACUAUUAUUGAAUGUUUUUUUGACAACUAUAAUUUGACAUAAGCCAAUUGAAAUAACUCUUUUAUUCCCAAAUUUUAAAAUAAUGUAUAAAGCCUAUUUUUGCUACAAGAC